ACAGCCUCCACCGAUAUACCAUAUUCACGAUUCCCGCGCGGGAUACGCCCAAUUGAGAUCACGAUCUUUUCUCGUUUCCGUCCGACCUCUAAAUCAUCGUUUCCGCUUUUGACUUCAUCUUUCCUGCUGCACUCGAUCAAGCCAGAAAUCCGAGCAACCAAACGAUGCGGCAACAGAAUGCGCACCAAGUCCUCUCUACUCACGUACGCAUACUCUUCACGAUCAGUGCCGUCCUACAAGCCAGCAGCGCCACUCUGUCUUCAAACGGCCAGAACGUCUGCCCAAUGACGACAUCGAAGAGUGUCUCUUACCUUGUUACAUCAGUUGAAGUCUACAAAACUAAGACGUACUACAGCUGCGGCAUUUGGAAUUUCGGCACAUGCACAAGAUACCAGAACAGAUAUCGAAUUUUAACGAAGACUAUGUACAGAGCAAAUUACCAGACUACAAAUUCUUGCUGUCCAGGCUGGAGUCAAGCUGGAACCCAAUGCACCACUCCGAUCUGUUCCCCGUCAUGCCGAAAUGGAAAAUGCAUAGCUCCGAAUAAGUGCAACUGUGAAGCUGGAUGGAAAGGAGCAACGUGCAGUCAGAGUUGCUCUGCAGGAAAUUACGGACCAAAUUGUCUUCUAGCUUGUCGUUGUCAAAAUGGUGCCUUGUGUAACAUUAUUGAUGGCUCUUGUUCUUGUGUGAGGCCUGGGUGGCGAGGAGCAUACUGCGAAUUGCCGUGUUUAUCAGGCACUUACGGACUUUUUUGUAGUUCAAAGUGUUUGUGUCAAAAUGGAGCUAAAUGUGAAGCAGCAACAGGAAAGUGUAAAUGCACGGCUGGAUAUGAAGGACAAAGAUGCGAUCAGAUCUGUGCGAAUGGUACGUAUGGUGUCAACUGUGCUUUCACUUGUGCUUGUCAGAAUGCCGUGGGAGCGUGUGAUAAAUUCACAGGGAAAUGUCGCUGUCUUACUGGAUGGAAGGGAGAAUUGUGCACUCAGACAUGUGACCCAAAUCGUUACGGUGAUGGAUGCAGUCAACACUGCACUUGUGUCAAUGGCGGCACUUGUGAUCAUGUGACUGGUACAUGUCGAUGUCCACCAGGAUUUAAUGGCUUCAAUUGUGAGCUUCCUUGUCAAGAUGGAUAUUUUGGUUAUAACUGCAGUCACGUCUGUCGGUGUCAGAAUGGAGCUCAUUGUUCGCCUGUUGACGGUUUUUGUAACUGCACAAUUGGUUGGAAGGGAGACAUGUGUGAUACAGUGUGUUCUAAUAACACGUUUGGUCAUGGUUGUUCGUUUCCGUGUGACUGUCGAAAUGGAGGUGUUUGUAAUCCUCAUACAGGAGAGUGCAGAUGUAGACCUGGAUUCAAUGGAACAAAUUGUGAAACAUAUUGCCCACAUGGCACGUUUGGCCCCUACUGUAUCAACACAUGCACAUGUCUUAACAACUCAACAUGCUCCACAACCGAUGGCUCAUGUGACUGUCCUCCGGGCUUCACAGGAGCAAUCUGUAAUGAAACAUGUCCUCUGAACUUUUAUGGUGAUGAAUGUGUGGAACGAUGUACAUGUCAGAAUGGUGGUCAUUGUGACCCUGUAACUGGAGAAUGCACCUGUGUGGGCUACUGGUUGGGCAAGUUCUGUGAGAAACCUUGCCCAGACUGGUCAUAUGAUCCUAGACAGAACUGUUCUCUACAAUGUGAUUGUGUUCGAGACAACACCAACUCAUGUGAUGGGGACAUUGGCCAUUGUUACUGCAAGGCAGGAUGGGCCGGUCGACGGUGUGACUACACUUGCCCUGACAGCACAUUUGGUGUGAAAUGCUCCAAUUCAUGUCUCUGCCACAUGAGCAACUCUCUCUGCAAUCCGGUUAAUGGAUCCUGCAAGUGCUUGUCUGGUUACUAUGGCGAUUACUGUGAGAAUCAGUGUCCGGAAGGAACAUUUGGCUAUCUGUGUGGUGAAAACUGCACGUGUCAGAACGAUGCCAAGUGUUCGGUUGUUGAUGGUGUGUGUGACUGUGCGGCAGGAUGGGAAAGUGAUAACUGUUCUCAGCCGUGUUCUGGCUAUCGUUAUGGAAAGUACUGUGUGACUCCGUGUCUGUGCUUGAAUGGAGCAGAUUGUAAUGCGGUCACUGGGGAGUGUACAUGUAGUGAUGGAUGGCUGGGAGAUGUGUGCAAUGAGACUUGUCUGGAAGGAAAGUAUGGUCUGCAAUGUAACUUCACUUGCGAUUGCCUUCAUUCCUUUUCAUGCCAUCACAUCACUGGCGAGUGCCUUUGUCAACCCGGUUGGCGUGGCAAACGAUGCGACCAACUCUGCAUCAACGAAACAUUUGGCCAGAACUGCUCAUCAAAAUGCCAAUGUGAGAAUGAUGCUACAUGUAACCCACACAACGGGACAUGCAAUUGUACGGCCGGGUGGAUUGGUGAUGUAUGUGACAUCUCGUGUGAUGAUGGUUACUAUGGCAAUGGAUGUAACUCCACAUGCCUGCUAUGUCAACAUGCUCCUGGUCUCUGUUAUAGAGACACAGGAGAGUGUGCAUGUUCGGCCGGUUUCUCUCGCCCUCACUGCAACGAGACUUGUGCAUCGAAUCAUUUUGGAUUUUUCUGUGAACCAUGUGCAUGCCAGAACGGAGCGACGUGUGAACACGUGAACGGCACAUGUAACUGUACUGCGGGAUACCGAGGUCUGACAUGUAAUGACGUCUGUGCAUACGGAACGUAUGGGGAUAGAUGUGAGGAGACGUGUGAUUGCAAUGGCUCACCUUGUCAUCAUGUGACUGGUGAAUGUAUGUGUGGGUCUGGAUAUAAAGGUUCCAACUGCAAUGAAACAUGCAGAGGAGGUCUCUAUGGCUCGUACUGCACUCUCCCUUGCAAUUGCACCAACAGUCCACCCAACACUUCAUGUGAUCCAUUUUCCGGCUCAUGUCAAUGCUUAGAUGGCUGGAGAUCCAGAGACUGCAGUGAGCCAUGUUCAAAUGGAACAUACGGCUCAAACUGUUCACAUUUGUGUGGCUGUGACACAGACAACACGAUGUUCUGUAGUCACAUUAACGGCACUUGUGUGUGUCAUCCUGGCUUCGAGGGAAGACGUUGCGAACGUACGUGUAGCCCGGGAAUGUUUGGAUUACAUUGUAGAUCUCAAUGCAAUUGCAAUCAGAACCACUCAACGGAUGAUGUCUGUGACAGUGUGGAUGGGACGUGUUUGUGUGCUGUUGGUUAUCAAGGUCAAACAUGUGAUUCGCUUUGCGACAUUGGUUUGUAUGGGAGUGGUUGUGAUUUGAGAUGUGAUUGUCACUAUGUCAACACUGAGACGUGCAGUGCAUUUGAUGGAUCUUGCGUGUGUCAUCCUGGCUGGUGGGGACCACGUUGUGAUGAUUCAUGCCCGAACGGCUACUAUGGCCGAGAAUGCUCUAGUCAAUGCCCCUGCAAUAUUAAUGGACUAUCAACAUGCAAUCCAAUCAACGGACAAUGCACGUGCAAACAUGGAUUUUCAUACCCGGAAUGCGAACCAUGCCCGGCAGGAUCAUUCGGACGCAACUGCAGCCAAGAGUGUCAGUGUAUGUUCACAGGUAGUCGUGAGGACGCACGAUUUACUAAGAGUUGUGAUGCUGCAAAUGGGAGUUGCUAUUGCUACGAAAGCUACGGUGGAGAGCGCUGUGAAACUGAAGUGAUAGUUGGUGCUGAAGCUCAGACCAGCGGCAUGUCAUCGUAUAUCUACCCUAUUGUUGGUGGAUCUGCUGGUGCAUUCAUCAUCAUUGUGAUUAUUUUGGUCUUGUGUUAUUGCUGUCUGCGGAGGAGGGACAAGAAGGUGAUCACAACGGAGGGAGAUGUGUGUGUGGUGCGUCAAAACCGAGCAAGCAAUGGUGACAUAAAGGAGCGAUACAGCAGUUUGUAUGAAGGCAAUCAUGGUGAGGUGAGCUAUGCUGAGGUGGGGAUUCUUCAAGUCGCGGUAGAAGAAGUGGCAAUGCAGAGUUUAGACAGCCCUGGUGUUACAGCCAACCCAAUGUACAGCAUUGCUUCAUCAUCUCGUCAACUGUCCGACAAUCCAGGGUAUGACACAAGUAGUGUGGCUGUCGGCAAUUCAGACACGCUUGUAGUGCGAACUGGUGAUGGUGGAUAUGAGCUCAUGCCCGCAGACAAAGGACGAAUAGAAGAGCAACCUGAUGGAGAGACAACCUUGAAUAGGAUUGUACAGAAUGGUAGUGUUUAUCAUGGAUUUAAUCGUUGGAAUACAGAAACAGGUGCAGGAAAUGAUUCUCCUGUCAUUCCUGGCUACAACACGAUUCAGCGAAACGAGCAACAGCCAGAUGGCCUGGCAAAACCUGUCAAUCGAAGUACUUUGAGGAAGGCUGCUACUCUGAGACAGGACAGCCAGAAGCCUCUCCUUGAAUCACAAGAGACUUCUUCUCUUAGUAAUUCAAAUGAGCUUUUGUAUGACCACAUAGUAGAAGAAUAUGAGAGGCCCGUGUCAGCAAGUGCAGACAAUGAGGAUCCAAUUGCAUAUGCUAUGUACGUGUCGUCAACAUCAGGGAACACUCUUCCAUCAGAUUCAUAUGCAACAUUGGGUGAAAUAAAGAUAAUAGCAGCUACUGAACAAUCUACACACACACUAGUAGAAGAACAAGAAAACCAGACUUCUGAGCAAUAAUAAAUGCUUGUGAAGUGGAAGAUAGAUCAUAGGACCCCCAAGUGUUCAAACAUUUAAACAACGGGUCAUUUCUGUUAUCAUCAUCUCACUAGACAAUUGUUGAAACAUAAUUUAGCUGAUGCGUUAUAGUACAUAUAUAUAUUAUGUAUAUGCUGAGUAAAGUUCGGACGAUUGCUGUUACAAGGGUUUCUAUGUGGGUCUGCAUGGUUGCUGCAAUAGCUUUAGCGUUAUUCUUACAGUGCGAUGAAAUUUAGAAAUGUGAAUUAAAAUGAUGUGAAA